UUUGAGGAUGUCAGACAUGGAAGGAGAUGACAAAUUGGCCACUGAGAAAGAACUCAAAGACUCAAAGGCAACACCUUACAUGUAUGUAGUGACAGCUCAAAAACCGACUGCAACAAAUGUUGCUAUUACCAGUAACUUCACUGGCCCUGAUGAACUUAAUCUUAUCUUGGCUAAGAACUCUAAAAUAGAAAUCCACACAAUUUCUCCAGAGGGUUUAAGACAUUACAUGGAUCUUAACAUUAAUGGUUGUGUCACAUGUAUGCAAAGCUUUAGGCCCAAAGGGGAAGAUCAAGAUGUUGUAUUUGUCUUAACACGCCGUUACCAUGUUUUCAUUAUCCAGUACAAGCCUGAAACAAAGGAACUUAUCACCCGAACAUAUGGAGACAUUGAAGAUAGCACUGGUAAACCAACUGACAUAGGGGCCAUUGGAAUAGUUGAUCCUGAAUGUAAACUUAUUGGCUUAAGGCUGUAUGAAGGACUUCUAAAGAUUGUACCACUUGACACAGUGAAACAAAAAGAAGGCAAGGAGUUGAAAUCUUUUAAUAUAAGGAUAGAAGAACUCAACAUCAUUGACAUCAAGUUCUUGGAAGGUUGCAAAGUUCCAACAAUUGUUUACAUUUAUCAAACGCAAAAGGGAACAAGACAUGUCAAAACAUUUGAAAUAUCGUUAUCUAACAAAGAAUUUACCAAAGGACCCUGGAAACUCACAAAUGUGGAAGCUAAUGCCAACCUGAUAAUUCCUGUGAAAGGGCCACUAUAUGGUGCCAUCAUAAUUGGGCUUGCAACUGUGUCCUAUUGUAAAGCUGAUACCUUUAUUUCACAUGCUCCGGGAGUGUUACGGAACAGCAUCAUCACAAGUUACUGUACAAUUGAUAGCAAGCGGUAUCUUUGCUCAGAUGAUAAAGGCCUACUUUUCAUACUGACCCUAGUCACCGACCAGGCAGAUGUUGUAACCGAUAUUCAAAUGAUACUGCUAGGAGAAACAACCAUUGCAUCCUGCCUGGCUUAUCUUGAUAACUCAGUGGUUUAUGUUGGAUCUGCUCAAGGUGACAGCCAGCUUAUUCACAUCAAUCCUGGACGUACAAGUGCUGAUGAGCUCCACUUAACUGUGCUAGAGACCUAUGCUAACUUGGGAAGCAUCACUGACAUGUGUAUUGUGGAUUCUGAUAAACAGCCCCAGCUCGUGACUUGCUCAGGUUGCUACAAGGAGGGUUCUCUCAGAGUUGUUAGAUGUGGUAUUGGUAUUCAAGAACUUGCCUCUAUUGACAUUCCUGGAAUAAAAGGCAUCUGGCCCAUUACGAUUAGAAGUGAUGAUUCCCUUGAUAAUGCUUUGAUUAUAACAUUCAUGGGUUACACCAGAAUCCUGUCCUUUGAUGGUGAAGAGGUUGAAGAGAUUGAGACCAAAGAUCUCAUCUCAGACAAGCAGACUUUGUACAGUGGCAUGACAUCUGGGGAUAAUAUCAUCCAAAUAUGCUCCACUUGCAUAAGGUUACUUGAUUCUCACACUCUCAAUGCUGUUUCUGAGUGGAAACCUGCUGCUGGCGAAAGGAUUGAUCAUGUGGGAUGUAACAAGACACAAUGUGUUGUGUCUGAUGGGAAUGUCAUUACAUAUCUUUCUAUUGAAAGUGGCAAUAUAAAGCAGAUUUCCAGGGUUGAGCUUGACCAUGAUGUUGCUUGUGUUGAUAUUACUCCUCUUGACCACAACAACAGUGAUAAAAGUAAGUACUGUGCAGUUGGGUGCUGGGUUGAUGGUUCUAUUAGAUUGUACUCACUUCCUGACUUCCAGCAACUGCAAACUCAUGAACUGGGUGGUGAGAUUGUGGUUAAAUCCAUAUUGAUGUGUCCCUUUGACGAUUCUUCUUAUCUUAUGGCUACUCUUGGAGAUGGUUCCCUGUUCUAUUGUGAUAUUGAUCCUGAAACAGGCAAGUUGUCUAAAAAGAAGAAGAUUGCUCUUGGCAUACACUCCACAACAUUGCAGCUAUUCCAUGCAUUUGAUGCAAAUCACGUUUUUGCUUCAUCUGAUCGACCCACAGUUAUCUACAGCAAUUCCAACAAGCUAGUGUUCAGUACAGUAAACAUGCAGGAUGUGAAUCACAUGUGCCCUAUAAACACCUCAGCUUAUCCGGAUGCACUUGCUCUUGCAUCAAGUUCAGGAUUAGUUGUUGGUAGUGUGGCUGCUAUUCAAAAAUUGCACAUACAAACGAUUCCUCUCGGAGAAUCACCUAAGAGGAUUGCAUACCAAGAAGCAACAUCAACAUAUGGUAUCAUCACGAUGAGGAACAACAAUAUCACUGCUCCUAGUGUCAGUACUUUGUGUCAGAACAUAACUGACAGUUCUGAUGUUGUCAAUGGUAUGGACCCUGACUCAAGAUUCAAGAAGGAUGCUGCUAACAAUUCGGAAGUCCACAAUCUUCUUAUCAUGGACAAGAAAACUUAUGAGGUUCUUCAUGUGCAUAGAUUUGCACCAACCGAAUGGGGCCUCUCAGUAUUUUCCUAUCACUGCAAUGAAAAGGAUUAUUUCGUGGUUGGAACUGCAUUCGUUAAUGAAGAAGACUCUGAGUCUAAAGAUGGAAGAUUGAUUGUAUUCAGAUGGGACGGAACCACAUUAAAUCAAGUCGCAAGUCAUGAUGUGAAAGGUGCAGUCAGUUCUGUAACGGAAGUUUGUGGUAAAAUAUUGGCUGGGAUCAAUAACAAGGUAACAGUUUUUGAGUUCAAAGAAGAAGAUGGUCUAAAGGUGGAGUGCAAGUAUCACAAUACCCUUAUGGCAGUUUAUCUUAGAGCUAGAGGUCAGUUCAUUCUAGUGGGAGAUCUGUUGAGGAGCAUGGCAUUGCUGGUGUACAAACAGCUUGAGGGCAGAUUAGAAGACAUUGCCAAGGACUACAAAGCAAACUGGAUGACUCAGGUUGAAAUACUUGAUGACGAUACUUUCCUAGGAGCAGAGCAUUUCAACAACUUGUUUGUGUGUACCAAAGAAGGGGGUAUGGAGGAGGAAGACAGACGGCUGCUAAAGCUUGCUGGUCAAUUCCACCUGGGAGAAAAUGCUAACGUGUUCAGAGAAGGAUCGCUUGUUUUGAAGAACCCCUCCGGAGCACCUCCUCUUGUUCACAAAACUAUCCUUUAUGGUAGCUCUACUGGGGCUAUUGGACUUAUUGGCUGCAUCGAAAAACCAUUGUUUGAUUUGUUGUUGACCCUACAGGAAGCACUGGCAAGGACUGUUACUAGUAUAGGCUGCAUUCCGCACAAUGUAUGGAGGGCAUUCCAUAAUGACCGACAGAAGGAACCAGCUAAUGGUUUUAUUGAUGGAGACCUUAUCGAACGAUUCUUGGACCUUCCCAGACCUGAGAUGAAUAAAAUUUGCGUGGACUUGUUUUAUGAUUUUGAUGGUACAGGCAUGAAGAGGGAGGGAACGGUUGACGAUCUAGUUAAACUUAUUGAGGAUCUGGCCAGGAUUCACUGAGUCGAACAAAGAUCAGAGCUGCUGUUGAAAUGGCCUCUGCAGAAUUCACUGUUACAAUACGCCACAUCGUGCCCGACAAGUUACUGUCAUGAAGAAGACAAAGCCAGCGGAAAAUUUAAAAGGUCUGAUAUCGGGACUAUCAGUUCGCAGCAGACAUGCUGCUUGUUUUGAUUUGGGAUCAAGGGAUUUAUAUGGGGACAGUAUGGAAUUUCUUGCGGUCAUGUGAUCAUUAUAUAACUAUGACAGAUAUUUAAUACUCAGUGAUAAAGUAUGCAAUCUUUUUAUAUUUAUGACUUUAGGUCAGUAAUUUCAUAUCAAAAUUCGUAAAUUAUUUUCUGUGCUUGUUUGCCAAACAUCUAUCGAGGUUAUGGGUAAUGACGUGUUACAUUCCGGGUCUUUCACGUGUUACAAUGUUUAUCGACAUGAAAAGGGAGAACCCCUUACCUUAGUCCACAAGUUUAGCGCUAUCACUGAUAAAUUAUUUUCUUAAAUAAGUUAUUAAACGAUUAUUUUCUUCAUUCAGUGACCCAAUGAUAGGGCCUUAAAGGUAUACGAUUCUUUAUGUAGCAUACCUUUGUGUAUGUAAUUUCCCGCUAUAACAUAUCUUUGUGGACUUCGGCGUAAACUAUGUGUCUUUUCUAGAUUUUUUAGUGGUAUAUGGCUUUCAGUCUAGAGUUUUCAGGUUCCUAUACGAUUUGAAAAUGUACUGAACUUGAACUAUUUAUUAAUUUUAAAUGUUGAUUUAAUACCAAGAA